AAGACAACAAUAUCAUCCCCUGGUUUCUAGACAUAAAAACAAAGAGUUCGAAGCGACUUUGCUACUGCCACUACUAUCAGUUGCUACUAGAGAAAUACUAUCAUCAAUCCUCUCAUCAAUUUGAUAAUUAUCUUUCUCAAAUGUCUCAUCAGAAGACCGUUUUCCUCUUAUGCGGCGAUUACAUGGAGGAUUAUGAGGCCAUGGUUCCUUUCCAAGCCCUUUUAGCCUAUGGAGUCGCUGUUGAUGCCGCUUGUCCUGGCAAAAAGGCCGGCGACUACUGUCGCACUGCCAUUCACGAGUCUUCUGGUCAUCAGACAUAUUCGGAGUCACGUGGGCAUAAUUUCACUCUCAAUUCGACUUUUGAUGACAUUGAUUUUGGCAAAUAUGAUGGUUUGGUAAUACCGGGAGGUCGUGCUCCAGAAUAUCUUGCUAUGAAUGAAUCUGUGUUAGAUUGUGUCAGGAAAUUUGCUGAUGCGGGAAAGCCUAUUGCCUCUGUUUGCCAUGGACAAUUAAUUUUGGCAGCUGCAGGCUUGGUAAAAGGUCGAAAGUGCACUGCUUACCCUCCUGUGAGACCCGUGCUUAUUGCUGCUGGCGCCCAUUGGGUUGAGCCUGAAACAAUGGCAUCUUGUGUUGCUGAUGGCAAUUUAAUUACUGGGGCUACAUAUGAGGGACAUCCUGAAUUCAUUCAGCUUUUUGUGAAGGCACUAGGAGGUAGCAUAACUGGUGCAGAUAAAAGGAUUCUCUUUCUCUGUGGGGAUUACAUGGAAGAUUAUGAGGUAACUGUUCCUUUUCAGUCUCUUCAAGCUCUUGGGUGCCAUGUUAAUGCAGUUUGUCCUAAGAAGAAGGCUGGGGAUUCGUGCCCAACUGCUGUCCACGAUUUUGAAGGGGAUCAAACUUACAGUGAGAAGCCAGGGCAUCAUUUCACUUUAACAGCAUCCUACGUAGGGUUAGAUGUCUCAAGUUAUGAUGCACUAGUUCUCCCUGGGGGGCGGGCUCCAGAAUAUUUAGCACUGGAUGAGACAGUGAUUGCCUUGGUUAAGCAAUUUAUGCAAUCUAAGAAGCCAGUGGCAUCCAUUUGUCAUGGGCAGCAGAUCUUAGCCGCUGCAGGUGUUUUGAAGGGAAAGAAAUGUACUGCAUACCCUGCUGUGAAGCUUAAUGUCGUCUUGUCAGGGGCAACGUGGCUGGAACCUGAUCCGAUAGAUCGUUGCUACACUGAUGAAAAUUUAGUUACUGGAGCUGCGUGGCCAGGGCACCCGGAGUUUAUCUCUCAAUUGAUGGCAUUGCUUGGCAUCCGGGUCUCAUUCUAGUUGUUGUGACUAUGCUUAAUAGUUUUUCAAACUUUUCAUGUAUGCUUUCUGCUGUAUAUCAAAUAACAUGUUGAAUAUCCACUUCUGCUGUAUACCGACUAUGGAGUUUUUAGUUCAUUUACUUUGUAUGCUGUUUGCUGUGGAGUAAAUAAUAUAAAGUUUCUCAUACUUUCUACUGAAAGUUUUCA